GAAAACAUUUUGCUGCCAAACACAUCCUUAAUCUUUCUUUCCUGCCUGUUUCUAUCUUUCUGGGUCUUGUUUUGAUUUGUUAGUAAUAUUUCAUUAUUCUUUACUCUCCCCCUCUCAUUGCAUUACCUCUUUGCUCCUCCUACACAUUUUCUUGAUUUUCCGGCCACCCUUUUUGCCGGAACACAACAUUUUCUGGCCAAGAUUACAUUUUUCUGCCAUUUUUUUCUCUUUUUCUUGGUAGAUUUUUAACCAUUUUCUUGGUUUUUCUGCCACCCUUUUGGCUAUAUUUACUUUUUGGUCCUCAGUUGGGAUUUCAAGUGCAAAAUUUGGGUGUAAAGACUGAAUCUUUAAGCUUGUUUUGAGUUAAUAUGCAGUUAAAGAUUAGAUUUUUCCAUUUGGGUGUGGUUAAAUCAGAUCAUGGAAGUGUUAAACAUGCAAAUACAUGUGAAAACAGGUAAGUUUGGUGAGAGUAGUAGGUAUAAUUUGGUGUUCUUGAUAUUUGUUGUGUUUAUGGUUUGACAUGGGAGAUAAUAUAGAUGAGAAAAGAAAAAGUAGUAGACUUGAAAUGGAGAAUCUUUCAAUGGAAACAACUAGAUUUUCUAGAGAUUUGUUGCAAAGAUUCAUGGGGGGUAUUGGUGGUAGUAGUAGUAGUAGUACUAGUAGUUCAAGAAAAUCUGGACCUGGGGUGGUUGGUGAUGCAGCAAAGGAGGUAAAGGAGGAAGAAGAUGAAGGAGAAGUUGAGUUGAAUCUUGGUUUAUCAUUGGGAGGUAGAUUUGGUGUUGACAAAUCUUGUAGUAAUAAGUUGAUGAGGUCUUCUUCAGUAGCUUCUUGUUUACCAGUAGUUAGAGAUGAUGAUGUUCUUGCACCACCAGUAGUGUCUUAUCCUAGUUUAGUGAGAACAUCUUCUUUGCCAGUGGAAACUGAGGAAGAAUGGAGGAAGAGAAAGGAGUUGCAAACUUUGAGAAGAAUGGAAGCUAAGAGGAGAAGAUCAGAGAAACAAAGGAAUUUAAGGGGUGAUAAAGAAAGUGGAGGGGGAAGUGGUAGUGGUGGGGGAGGAAGUAUGGAAGAUGAAAAGAGGGAAAUUGAGAUGAAUUUAAGAGGCAGAUUAGAUAAAGAACAGUACUGGGCGACCGCAAAAAGAUUUGGAUUAUCGGUAUCUCCAACGUUGGCUGGUGUUGCAAGGCAAGGUAGUUUAUCAGGUGGUGGAAUAGAUUUGACAAUGGGGAAAGGUAAAAAACAAGGACAUGGGCAAUUGGGGUCACAAGGUUCUGUUGAAUCCCAAGGUGGUGGUGGUGGUGGUGGUAGUUCUUCAAGCAUGUCUGAAUUGGAAAGUAAACUUCCACAAGGGUCUGGCGAGCUAAGCCCUGCCAGUAUCCACUCAUUACAAGGAGGAGGGAGUCAAGAUGUUGGUUCGUCUGGUUCAAAAAUGAGAGAGUCAGGAAGCAGAAUGUCAGGAGGUGACGUGGACAGUCCAUCUAAGAGGCUCGAGGCUGCAACAAGUCGGGCAAAGGAACCUGGAGCAAACACGCUAGAAAAUAUGCCGUGUGUUUUCACAAAAGGAGAUGGUCCUAAUGGUAGAAGAGUAGACGGAAUAUUAUACAGGUACAGUAAAGGGGAGGAGGUAAGAAUUAUGUGCGUCUGUCAUGGUAGUUUUCACUCACCUGCUGAGUUUGUCAAGCACGCUGGAGGCACCGACGUUACCCACCCUCUCAAGCAUAUAGUCAUAAACCCCAAUGCUUCUCCGUUGCUGUGACUGAUACCUUGGGGUUUCGGAGGAAAGAGGAUAUCACGGAGCACACCAUGCGAAGUUGUAAGAAAAUUUCCAUUUCCAUUUUUGUUUCUUUGAUUCCUCUUUUAAAGAGAGAUAUAUUUAUCGAUUCGUGCUCAUCUUGGAGGGAUACUGGACUAAAGAAAAGAGCUUUUGUAUGUACAUUUACGGAUUCUUUUUAGGAAAUUCAGAGGAAUGAACUAAUAUCGAAUGAUAUCAUUGUCCUCCUUA